ACAUCGGCGGUAUGCGGAUCGAGGUGAGGGUCGAGGGAAGGAAGGACGAGAGCAAGAGCCUCGAAUGGUGCACGGGGUGCAGUGACAGACAGGGUCGAGGAAUCGAGAAUUCGAGAGACGGAGAAUGGAAGCCGUGGCGGGGAUCGGAUGCGGAAGCGCGAGCGCAUCGGCAGCAUGGAGGAUUGGGACGGGCAGGAGUAGGGCCGUCGGAGGAGCGGGCGGUCGAGGGAGAGUGAGAGUAAGAGUGAGAGCUGCAGGGAGCAGCGGCAGCGAUGUCGUGGAGUUCGAGCAAGUGCAGGGCGAGAAAGUGCGGUGGGCAGGUGAUGACCCUCUGGCGAAGUUCGUGAGCGGCUUGAUUGCCAUCAAGCCGCUGUUCAGCUUGCUCCAGACGGGCGCCAAGAAUGUUAUGGUCAGGACUGCUGAAAAGAGCGGCAUUCCCUGGAAGGAAAUGGUUGAGGAAAUGCAAGCGUCGGAUGUUUAUGCCGAGUUGAAGACUCUCGAGAAUCCCGCUCUUGUAUAUCCUGACUAUUACAUUCAACCAUUUCAUGGAUAUAACACCGGCAACUUAUCGUGGGAGGCUGCCUUCGAUUGCGAGCCAGCAACGCGGGCCUUGUGGAAGCGAACGUUUCCGGCCUUGGACUCGUGGAAAGAAGCAGGAGAGUUGAGCCGUGGCAACUGGGCGGACGCCAUCGACUCGCAUCACGCCUCGUUCUCCGGCGGCUUGCCCGUCGGGGACGUGGUCGACCUGGGCUGCUCCACUGCCAACAGCUCACGCUUCCUUGCGGAUCGCUUCCCCACGGCUCAGGUCACUGGACUGGAUUUGUCUCCGUAUUUUCUGGCUGUCGCACAACGACAAGAAAAGGAUGCGAUGAGGAAGAAGCCGAUACGGUUCGUGCAUGCCAACGCCGAGUGUACAGGCCUGCCUUCAAAAUCUUUUGAUGUCGUUUCUAUAGCAUAUGUGCUGCAUGAGUGUCCACAGAGUGCUUCAAGGAAGAUUCUAAGGGAGGCCCAUCGUCUGCUAAAACCAAUGGGGACGCUCGCGAUCACCGAUCAAUCCCCGAAGUCCAAGGCUAUACAGAAGCUGCACCCAGCUCUUUGGAUCUUGAUGAAAUCAACAGAACCCUGGCUCGAUGAGUUCUACCGUUUAGAUUUGGAAGCCGAGCUGCAGGAGUGUGGUUUCACCAAUUAUCGCUCGGCCUUAACGAACCCUCGGCAUUUCACCGCCACAGCCACGGCUGCCAUGUAAAUUGUCGAUAGAUCAUUAUACAAGAGGUUAUGAAACCAUCUCCGGACGCCUGUUUGUGGUCGCUGAGGGCCCGGUUUGCAACAUCUGCGACAUCUUUGUAGGUCAAAACGGAAUGUAUUUCAAUGAGAUUCAAUGCCCACGAUAACGCGAGUGGAGCACGAGAAUA